AUGGCUAACUUGGCAGAAUCAUGUGAACCUGGAAAAGUCAUCCCCAAACAGAGUGACAGGUUUGAAGACGACUUUGAUGGCAUUCAGCGCCAAUUGAACGCCAAAGAGGCUAAUUACGUAGCUGUCAAGCAAAAUGGUCCUGAUGCCAAGUUUGUUUUCAUUUCCUUUGUACCCGAUGCUGCCCCAGUUCGAAGUAAAAUGCUUUAUGCAUCGAGCAGCAAUACUAUAUAUAGAGAGCUAGGUGGUACACAGAGAUUCGCUACCAGCUUGUUUUGGACCGACCUUUCUGAAGUGAGCAGUUCAGGUUGGAAUGCUCAUGUCAAGCAUGAACAAGCUACGGCUCCAAUGACCGAAGAAGAGCGGUCUUUACAGGAGGUGCUACAUCGCGAAGUUGACCAGAUGAUCGGAACCGGAGAGCGGAAAAACGAGAUCCACCGAAUCCAGCUCAGUGGAAGCUCCCGCAGUGGUACAGGUUUGUCGUUAGCCGUGGACGAUGCGGUUCACGAAGCAUUCAAACAAUUGCAUUCUGCAGAGCCAGGCAGUGCUCUUGGUUUGCAUGUUGAUAUGGACCGAGAGUCGGUCAUUGUCGGAAAACCCCUCUCCGCAGUCCACGCUGACAAACUCGGGGACCAGUUUAUCGACGGCUCCAAACCACAAUAUACCAUUUAUAAACACGCGAGUCCCACAGGAGAAACCGACAAAAUCGUCUUCAUCUACACCUGCCCCAGCGGAUCCAAAAUCAAAGAACGAAUGGUAUACGCAUCAAACCGCGAGUCGGUCGUAUCCUUUGCUCGAACACACGUAGACGUGAUCAAAGUCGUCGAGGCCACUGACGGUUCCGACAUCUCCCACACCCAGCUUAACGACGAGUUGUACCCCGAGUCCUCAGAAACCAGCAGCACCUCAUCCACCCCCCGUUCCGGCGGAUUCGCUCGUCCAAAACGCCCUGGCAGACGCUAA